AUGCCUUCCGAUAAAGAUACUUUGCUGAGCAUGGGGUUUGAUGCUGCCCGAGUAGAGUGGGCACUCAAAGCAACUGGAAACCGUGGUCUGCAACCAGCGAUGGAUCAUAUACUUGAACACGAAGGACAAUCAGUACCUGAUCUAUCUUCAGUAUCAGCAUCCAGGUCGUCUUCCGCUCAAGCGCACGCAGAUGACGACGAAGACGACGAAGACGCCGAGGCAUUGAAGAGUCUGGGUGUUGCUGGGAAUGCUGUCGAAGCAAAGAGCAUCAAAUGUUCCCUCUGUGGCAAAAUAUUCAAGAACACCGCACUAGCUAAUUUCCAUGCGGAGAAGAGUGGGCAUGAUCAAUUCGAAGAGUCUACAGAGGAGGUCAAACCAUUGACGGAGGAAGAAAGGGUCCAGAAAUUAGCUGAACUACGCGAGAAACUUGCUCAGAAGCGUGCUCUGAAAGCCGUAGAGGAGGCGAAAGAGGCGAAAGCUAACGAAGCGUUGCGACGUAAAUCAGGAAAGGAAAUGGAUCAAAUCAAGGAGAAUCUCAAAGUCAAGCAGGCGCUGAAAGAGGCUGAAGAGAGGAAGCGAGAUAAAAUUGAAGAUGCCAAAGCUAGAGCUGCGGUGAAAGCACAGAUCGAGGCUGACAGGAAAGCGCGUGCUGAGAAGGCCGCUAGGGAGAAGGCACUCCGCGAGGGCAGGGAGAUAGUCGAUGCACCAACUGGUCCCGCUCAGGCGGCAGCUAGCUCCUCCAGCGGCGUAUCUAGUAAGGACUUCAAAGAAACUAGACUUCAGAUACGAAUGGCCAGCGGUGGGCAGCCGUAUACGACCACCCUGUCGAGCGAUGCCCCUUUACGAGAAGUUGCUGAGUUUUUGGCUGGGCAAACCCUUUCUGUAGACGUGGACUCCGUCUCCUUUGCCCAGCACUUCCCGAGAAAACAAUUCACUCGAGCCGAUUUUUCUAAGUCACUUCGAGACUUGGGUCUUACUCCUUCCGCUGUCUUGAUCGCUUCCACACCAUGA